AAAAUACGAGAGAGAGAAAAAGAGAGAAAAAAAAACGAGAACCACCUUACGAAACUCGUCUCGUGAGAAAUUCGGCGUAAACCCCUAUGCGAUGCCCUUGUCCCUUUUAUUCGUGAAAUGAUCGUUCGAGGCGCGCGCCUAAAAGGACAAACUUCAGUCGAUGACCACGUGCUUACGCGUGAAGCAGUGCGUCGCGUGCUUGCGAUUCCGAGUGUCCAUUUUAUUUUAUUUUAUUGCGUCUCGCGGAGCUAAUUAUCGCGGUCGCGUCUCGUCGGUUCGGCGCGAUCUUAUAGGUACGCGUUGUAUAAUAUAAUUUCGCGAUCAAAUACUUUGCCGUAUACAUCUGCGAAACAUGUCGUUCGUACGCAAGUACUUCAAGAGAACGCCAAUCUAUGUGGUUGAGGAUCACGAUGAGGUAUUGCCGUUCAUAUAUCGGUGUGUGGGAUCGAAGCAUCUGCCGUUCGAAGGCAACACCUUCAUACAUCUGGAUUCGCAUCCUGAUAUGUUGAUACCCAAAGAUAUGCCCGCCGACACGGUUUGGGAUAAGAAUAAAUUGUUCAGUGAGAUCAGCAUCGAAAAUUGGAUUUUACCGGCAGCGUACGCGGGUCAUUUGAAAAAUCUGAUCUGGGUGAAACCACCGUGGGCUAAUCAGAUGACCGACGGUAUGCUGACGUUUCUUAUCGGCAAGCACAAAGAGACCGGCUUGAUAAGACUUACCUGCUCCGAAUCGUAUUUUCUCAGCGAGGGUUUGUACGCGACGCCGGAAGAGCUGGAGAACACUCGCGAGGUCACUCUGCAUGUAAUAACCGUCGGAGCUUUCAUCGAAGAUUCGGCAAAGAAGGAUGACUUCACCGCCGUCAGCUCGAUGCUGCGCCAAUAUCUCCCUGAGAAAGAUAUUCCCUAUAUCUUAGACAUCGAUCUCGACUUUUUCAGUACCAAAAACCCAUUCAAAGAUCUUCACGAGCGCGUAAAUCUCUACGACAAGCUGGCUCCUCUCUUUACAUACGAAAAGGCGGAAUCGAACGAUCCUGAGGUUCUGAAAGAAUCGAUGACCGAGAGAAAUCAACAGCUCUCGGAGUUGAAGAAUCUUUUCUUCUAUUUAGACGAACAUCGUUCUCUGAAGGGUUACGACGGGCCUAAAACGUCACGAUACGAAACGGUAGAUCGUCUUCAUCAAGAAGUGACGAGUAUUUACAAAGACUCGGAGAUCGAUUGGAUUCAAGUGUACAACGCAGGCUGCACCAUAGACGAUACAGUUUUACCCGAGCACGUAACGGAACCGAACGAUCUCGAUCGUUUGAUCAACGGAACAUUCAGAUUAUUUCUGGCAGCUCUACCCACGCCUCCGACCAUUGUCACCAUAGCUAGAUCCAGCGAGGAUGAUUACACUCCUUCGGAAAAUGUCGAUCAAAUUCAAGUGGAUGUUCUCGACCAACUUCGCGAACGACUGGGAUCGGAAAUAGAUAUUAAGUUAGUUUAUCAGCAAGAUGAACAACAACAAUAAGUUUUAUGUCUAUAUAUAUAUAUAUAUAUAUAUAUAUACGGCAAGCAUUUUUUUGUCAAAUAAAAAUAAAACCCAGUUUUUUUUAAAACAACGAAAAUAUACAUACACUCUGUAUGUAAUUAAUUAUACGCUAUUUUACUUGUGCAUCGAUUGUUUAUUCAAUUUAUAUUCAACGUAGAAUAUUGUGCACGCAACAGUCGAGCAAAUUUUUUAUUGAACUAAAAUCACGUUAAUGCUACGUCAAUAUAAGGCGACGUAAUAUAUCAACUUGUGUUAUUACUUACAUUUCACUAAAUGUAAAACUGUAAUCAUUGUAACAUGUAUAAUCUAUAUGUAAUAAUCUAUAUGUAAUAAACAUGU